AUGAAGUGGGCCGCUUCAACGCUCCUUUUCGCUGCUGCUGCCAACGCGCACACAAUUUUCCAAAAAGUCUUUGUCAACGGUGCUGACCAAGGUCUCCUUGUUGGUCUUCGUGCCCCCAGUAAUAACAACCCCAUCCAAAGCACUAGCGACUCUGGUCUCGCUUGCGGUGCCUCCGGCUCAAAGUCAUCCACUGUGAUCAACGUCAAGGCUGGUGACACCAUUGGAACGUACUGGCAACAUGUUAUCGGUGGACCUCAAGGAUCCAACGAUCCCGACAAUCCAAUUGCCAAAUCACACAAGGGUCCUAUCCAGAUCUACCUCGCCAAGGUCGAUAAUGCUGCCAGCGCCUCGAGCAGUGGUCAGAGAUGGUUCAAGGUCGCGAGUGAGGGCUUAAGCGGAGGAAGAUGGGCCGUUGAUACGAUGAUCGCGAACAAUGGCAUGUGGAGUUUCAAGCUCCCAAGCUGCAUUGCUCCAGGACAAUAUCUCAUGAGGGGAGAGCUUUUGGCCCUUCACAGUGCUGGAUCCGUGAACGGGGAGCAGUUCUACAUUUCUUGCGCACAAAUCAACGUUACGUCGGGUGGAAGCUUCAGUCCUUCGAGUACAGUUUCGUUCCCUGGAGCCUACAGCUCGAGUGAUCCCGGUAUCUUGAUCAGCAUCUACGGCUCUAGUGGCCAGCCAGACAACGGUGGAAGGGCAUACACGCCUCCUGGUCCCGCAGUCAUCAGCUGCAGCGGUUCGAACAAUGGUGGACAGUCGAGCACCAAUAACAACGGUGGUCAAUCGACAACGACUAAUAAUGGUGGUGGAAGCGGCGCUCCGCUCUAUGGACAGUGCGGUGGACAAGGAUGGAGUGGUCCGACGACAUGCGCUCAAGGAACAUGCAAAUAUUCCAGCCAGUACUACAGUCAAUGUUUGCCAUAA